AUGCAGAUGAUUAAUCAGAGUUUAGGAGGUGAUUUUGUACUGGUGGGCUUCUCUGAUCAGCCACAACUUGAGAAGAUCCUCUUUGUGGGUGUGCUAGUCUCUUACCUCCUGACACUGUUGGGCAACACAGCCAUCAUCCUGGUAUGCUGUCUGGACUCCAUGCUUUGGACACCCAUGUACUAUUUUCUCACCAAUCUCUCCUUGGUUGACCUUUGCUUUACCACUAGCAUAGUUCCCCAGUUGCUAUGGAACCUCCGUGGUCCAGCCAAGACCAUUACUGCUGCAGGCUGUACCAUUCAGUUGUAUGUGUCUCUAGCUCUGGGAUCCACUGAAUGUGUUCUGUUGGCUGUCAUAGCAUUUGACCGCUAUGCAGCUGUUUGCCGGCCACUCCACUAUGCUACAAUGAUGCAGCCGCGAAUUUGCUGGUCCCUUGCAGGAAUGGCAUGGUUGAGUGGAGUGGGCAACACGUUGAUUCAGGGUACCAUUACCCUUCGGCUGCCCCGCUGUGGGAAUUAUAGGAUUUACCAUUUCUUCUGUGAAGUUCCUGCCAUGAUCAAGCUGGCCUGUGUGGACGUGCAUGCUAAUGAGGUGCAGCUCUUCCUGGCUUCCUUGGUCCUGCUCCUUCUCCCUCUCACCCUCAUCCUAGUCUCUUAUGCGUACAUUGUCCAAACAGUGGCUAGAAUCAGAUCAGCACAAGCCUGGCAUAAAGUCCUCGGAACAUGUGGGUCCCACCUGUUGGUGGUGUCUCUCUUCUAUGGCACCAUCACAGCGGUCUAUAUACAGCCCACCAGUUCCUAUUCCCGCAGUCAAGGAAAGUUCAUCACCCUUCUGUACACUGUGGUGACUCCCACCCUCAACCCCCUCAUUUACACACUGAGAAACAAAGAUGUGCAGGGAGGCUUCAGGAGGAUUUGUGGAAAACAGAAUAUUGCAGAACAAUGA